AGAAGAAAAACCCUAAAACCUUGGCUUGAUUUUACCAAUUAUUUUUCGUAUAAAUAGAACAAACACAUACCCAUUCUCUCUCACUACCCCCGCAGCACUAGCGACCCUCAAAACCCUAGACCUUUAUAAACCCUUGGGUUUUGCUGGGUUCUCUUCUCUCUACCUCUCUUCUUCUCCUUCGUUAAACCCUAACCUUUUCAUACAACACUUCUUGUAAUGGGCAAGUCAAGCAAGCAGUCCGCUACUAAAGUUGACGCAGCCCCUGCUGUAGUCCCAGUCUCGAAGUCUGGCAAGAAAGGAAAGAGAGAUGCUGAGAAUGAGAUUGAGAAGGCUGUGAGUGCAAAGAAGCAGAAAAGAAAUGAGGCAGUUGAGCAAGCCGCUCUUAAGAAGAAGAUUGAAGUGAAGACACAGAAGAAGAAACAGGAAUCAAGUUCUGAUGAUUCUGAUUCAUCCUCUGAGUCAGAGGACGAGAAGAAACCGGCUGCAAAAACUGUUGUCCCUGCCAAGAAAGUUGUAGCUGCUAAGAAUGGUAUUGCUAAGAAGGUUGAGUCUUCCAGUAGCUCUGAGGAUGACUCAUCUGAUGAGGAUGAAAAGCCUGCUGUUAAAGCAGCAGUGCCUGUUAAAAAAGCUGUCCCUGUUAAAAAUGGUAAAGUGAGUUCUGAGGAGGAUUCAAGUGAUGAUGAUGAUGAUAGUUCCUCAGAUGAUGAGCCUAAGAAACCAGCAGCUAAGGUUGUUCCACAGGCAAAGAAGGCUCCUGCUGUAGCAGCCAAGAAAGAUUCUUCAGAUGAAAGCUCUGAAGAGGAGAGUGAUUCUGAUGAGGAAAUUAAGGUAAAAAAUGUAUCGGCUUCUGCCCCUAAACGGAAAAUUGAAUCAAGUGAUAGCUCUGAUUCAGAAAGUGGUUCCUCUGAUGACGAGGAAGUGAAGGUUAAAAAUGUACCAGCAUCUGCCCCUAAAAAGAAAAUUGAAUCAAGUGAUAGCUCUGAUUCAGAAAGUGAUUCUUCUGAUGAAGAGGCUCCUCCAACCAAGGUUGCUGCUCCUGCUGCCAAAAUUGUUCAGCCUAAGAAGGCCGAGAGUUCAGACGAGAGUGACUCUGAUGAGAGCUCUGAUGAAGAGCCUCCAGCUAAAAAGGCCAAGGCUCCAGUUGUUGCAAAACCAAGUGCUAAGGCUGUUAAAAAAGAAAGCAGCAGUGAUGAAGAAGAGGAGAGUUCUGAUGAAUCAGACGAGGAAACAACAAAGGCUGCACCAAAGCCAACUAAAGCUGCUGCUAAAGAAAGUAGUAGUGAGGAAGAGUCAGAUUCAGAUGAUGAAUCUGAAGAAGAAGAACCUUCGAAGACACCAAAGAAAAAGUCAGCUGAUGUAGAAAUGGUCGAUGCUGUUACACCAAAGACUCCAGCUUCCACAGAGACUGGCGGCUCUAAGACUUUGUUUGUUGGAAACUUGCCAUUCAGUGUUGAACAAGCGGAUGUGGAGAAUUUCUUCAAAAGUGCUGGAGAAGUUGCUGAUGUUCGAAUUGCUUAUAAUGAAGAAGGAAGAAUGAAGGGAUUCGGGCAUGUGGAGUUUACCACUGCAGAGGGAGCUACAAAGGCACUCGAACUGAAUGGCCAUGCUCUGUUGGGUCGUGAACUUAGACUUGAUUUGGCUCGUGAAAAAGGUCAAAAUGCUACCCCAUACAGCAAAGAGGGCUCAUUCCAGAGGCAGCCAUCAGGAGGAAAAGCCAAUACAAUUUAUAUCCGUGGUCUUGAUACCUCCCUCGGAGAGGAGGAGAUUAGAAGUUCACUACAAGAGCAGUUCGGUGAAUGUGGAGAGAUUACAAGGAUUUCCAUCCCCAAGGAUUAUGAAACUGGCUCCUUCAAAGGCAUGGCUUACAUGGACUUUGCGGACUCUGACGCUUUCAACAAAGCUCUAGGGCUCGAUGGACAAAAUUAUUUGAAAGUAGAAGAGGCAAGACCCCGAGGUGAUUUCAGUGGUGGUGGUGGUGGUUUCAGUGGUGGUAGAGGCGGAGGACGUGGUUUCAGUGGAGGCAGAGAUGGACGAAGCGGAGGCAGGGAUAGAGGGGGACGAAGGGGUGGAGGCAGGUUUUCCGGUGGUGGUAGAGGUGGAGGACGUAGUUUCAAUAAACCAAGCUUUACCCCAUCAGGGAAGAAAACAACCUUCGGUGAUUACUAAGCUGUCAUAGAAGAAUUUUGAAUAGUAUUUUUGCCCUUUUCCAGAAUUUUCGUUUUAAUGUUUUAGUAGGUAAAGUAAGAAUAUCAAAUUUAAGUUUUUUUUUUUUUUUUUCCUUUCUGGACUUGGUACACCUAUGUCACAAAAUGUUGUUAGUUUUUGGAGUUCAUCCAAAUAUUUUGAGUAUUAAUUUAUUUAUAUGUUUUAUGUAUGAAAUUGUCAAGUGGAGCUAGUAUAAUCUAUAAUGCAGAGAUCAUAUUUUGGCAAA